AUGCCAUCCAAGUUUCAGUCACUAACCAUAUCUCUAGAUGACCGGUCCAAGGACAUGUGUCCCAUCUGUAAAACAGACAAGUACUUGUCUCCGAAUAUGAACUUUCUCAUUAAUCCAGAAUGCUACCACAAAAUUUGCGAGUCUUGUGUGGACCGUAUAUUUUCAUUAGGUCCAGCUCCAUGCCCGUAUGCGAGUUGUGGGAAGAUCUUGAGAAAGAACCGGUUCAAGAAACAGAUCUUUGAUGAUUUACGAAUCGAGCGAGAAAUCGAUAUCAGAAAGAGAGUAGGAAGUGUCUACAAUAAGACAGAGGAGGACUUUGAUGAUCUUAGGGAAUUCAACAAAUACUUAGAGACGAUAGAGAAUAUAAUAUUCAAUUUGAAUUACGGAAUCGAUGCUGAAGAGACCGAGGCUGAUUUAGUCAAAUACGAACAAGAACAUAAAUUAGAGAUAUUAGAAAAGAAUAUGCGUCAAAGUCAGAAGAACGCGGAUUUGGCUGCUUAUCAGGAAGCCAUGGAAAGACUCAAGCAGGAAAAGUUACGAAUUCAGAAACAAAUGGAAGUAGAAGACAUGGAGUACCAGAAACAGCUGCAACAAGAUUUAUUAGACAAGUUGACAACUGGCUCUGCUUCCAGCACUGACGAGAUUAUCAAACAACAACAGCAAAAUGCAUUAAAACGUUCUUCCUUGAGAAGAAGAGAAUUGCAACAGAUAACCAACCAAUUAGAUCAACAAUUCAAUAAGUCAAACCCGUUGUACAAGCAUGCUAAGGAAUUGGAAGAAAACUUAAAAACACCAUUUACACCAUUUAAGGGUGAUAGAGACCUAAACAAGAACUACCACUUAUUGCCUAUACCGAACGACAUCGACGAGCUCAUGGAUAUCGAAAACCACAUCUCUGACAGCUACUUCGAUCCAUAUGUAAACCAGCUAGCCAAGAACAAAGAGUACUUGGGAGCCGGCUGGAGAUUGCAGCAUGUAUUUGAGAAAGCAUUGGAUGAAGCAUUCAUUGGAUUGGGUUGUUUCAUCGAGAAGGAAAAGGCAACAGCCUAG